AUGGCGGAGCAGGAGGAGGACUUCUCUCAGCUGCCGCUACCAGAUCGGUUCGCUCACAAGCUUUGGAAAGUACGAAAGGAGGGCUAUGAAGAAGCAGCCAGGUUGUUCGAGAAAUCCCCGGACGAGUCGGAUCCAGUGUUCAGACCAUUUGUCCAAGAUGGCAGCAUAUGGAAGGGCGCCGCCGCCGAUAGCAAUGUCGCUGCUCAACAAGAAGGUCUUGGAGCGCUCUGUGCAUUCUUGAAAUAUGGUGGUCAGCAAUCUGCUUCACGAUCGCGGCCGCACACGAUUCAGCCCAUCUACGAGAAAGGUCUGUCAUCAACAAGACCUGCUGCCAAAGCCAACGCCCUCGAAUGCCUCCUACUCUAUGUCGAGAUCGACAAACCUGAUCUGGUCAUCGAGGAACUCCUGCCAGCACUGGCAAACAAACAACCAAAAAUUGUGGCAGCCACGUUGGCCGCCAUCACUUCGAUAUUCCACAAUUUUGGAGUCAAGCUUGUCAAGCCUCAGCCGGCGCUGAAAGCGCUGCCUAAGGUUUUCGGACAUGCAGACAAGAACGUCCGCGCGGAGGCGCAGAAUCUCACAGUCGAGCUAUAUCGAUGGCUCAAGGAUGCGCUCAAACCUGUGAUAUGGGAGGAGCUGAAACCUGUCCAACAGACAGAUCUUGAGAAAUUGUUUGAGAAAGUCCGCGAAGAACCACCACCGAAACAAGAGCGCUUCACAAGAGUCCAACAAGCAGAGAUGGCAGCUGCUGAAGCCACUGCCGACGAAGUUGGUGGAUCCGAAGUCAUGGUCGAAGCUGAAGACGAGGAAGCGGUAGAGGUAGAGGCCUUCGAUUUCGCUGAGCCGCAGGACGUUCUGUCCAAGGUGCCCGAGAACUUCAACGAAAUGAUCAACUCGUCGAAAUGGAAGGAGCGCAAAGACGUACUGGACGACUUAUUCAACGUCCUCAGAGUACAGCGGAUCAAAGCGGGUGCGUGGGACGAUGUCAUUCGCGGUCUCACCAAGUCGAUGAAGGACGCCAAUGUAGCAGUGGUAACCGCCGCGGCAAAUUGUAUUGAGAAACUGGCUCUGGGCCUCCGCAAGGACUUCGCCAAAUAUCGAUCGACGGUCAUGGGUCCAGUCAUGGAACGACUGAAGGAGAAGAAGCCUUCUGUGGCAGAAGCGCUAAGCGCCGCCCUCGAUGCGACUUUCGCGUCCACCACUCUCACUGAAUGUAUGGAAGACAUCAUGAGCAUGGUUGUCAACAAGAAUCCCAAUGUCAAGGAGGGAGUUGCCAAGUUCCUCGUUCGGUGUCUACGCACGACAAGAGACAUUCCUUCGAAAGAAGAGCAGAAAACAAUCGCCGGCGCUGGUACGAAGCUGCUUACCGAAUCGGCGGAAACGAUCCGUGCUGCUGGCGCGGAGGUUCUUGGAACUCUAAUGAAGAUCAUUGGCGAGAGGGCUAUGAACCCAUAUUUGGAGGGACUCGACGAUGUACGAAAAACCAAGAUCAAGGAGUUCUUCGACACUGCCCAGGUCAAAGCGAAGGAGAAACCGAAGCCGGUCGCUGCUCCUCCAAAAGCUGCUGCUACGUCCUCAGCGCUCGGAAAGAAGGUGGUCGGUGGCGGGAAGAAGCCGGUCGCCAGGAAAGCUGUAGCUGCUGCGCCAGUGGAGGAUGCUGCGCCGGCCCCAAGGCCAACAGCAAAGGCAUUAGCAAAGCCUGGCGGUGUCGCGAAGCCUGGGCUGGCUGCUCCGUCUGGUCUGAAAUUAGGCGGGUUGAAGAAGACCAGCGCUGCUAGUCCGCAGCCUCGUCGAGUCAUAUCCCCUCCUACCAGUCUAGACGACGACGAUGAGCCAGCGGUUGCAUCACCAUCCAAAUUUGGCAUGGGCCGUGGCCUUGCCGGCCGGCCCCUUGCCAGACCUGCUGCGAUGCCGAUGUCACCGCCUCCUGCGCCAGCAGCCCUUGGGAUGAGUGCCAUCGAGCGCGCCGAGCUUGAAGAACUAAGAGCUGAAAAAGAACGACUGACAGGACUGGCUGACAGCCUUCGAAGCAGUAACGCCAAGCUGACCGCUGAGAUUACCGAACUACAGAACCAAAAUGCCCAGCUCAUCGAAGACCACACUCGCGACGUCCUCCAGAUCAAAGCAAAAGAAACACAACUCACUCGAGCGCGUGGCGAAUGCGAUGUUCUACGUACAGAAAUGGAGUCUAUCAAGAAAGAGACAGAACGCUACAAGCGCGAGGUUAAUCGCCUCGGCCGCGAGAGCAUUGGUCGUGAACGUGACGAUCUGAGCCGUGGUCGAUCUACAUAUGACGACGACAACGCAGGCGGCAUUUACGAUGACGAGCCAGUCCGAUUCACCGCCAAUAGCCGCUCAGAAAGCAAGUCUGACCUCCGAAGUGUCCCUGGACUGCAGCGGACUGGCUCAGGCACGAGCAAUAUAUCGUCUGGCCGUCCCGCGAGCGCCAAGCCCAACAACACAAGACCAAUGUCUGGAUUCACGAACAACAGUCUAAGUCCAAGCGAUGAGAAGGAGAACGCCAAUGGCUUCGAAAACGCAAUGCUGGCGAGGCGGAAGAUCAGUCCUUCGCUUGCUCAGCAGCCCCAGAGCGGCAGUAUGAGUCCUGUCAGACCGCCUAUAGUCACAGCAGAAUCGGGAAUUGGUGGCAGUACCGAGAAUUGGAAGCGAGCGGCAGAGGUGACGAGUCAGUUGAAGGCAAGGAUUGAGGCUAUGAAGGCGAGACAACUACCACGAAAUCAAUAG